AACACACGACAACCACGCCCCACGAGCUCCCUGCUCGAGCUGCUAGGGUUGCAGCCGGCGGCGCACCUCCCUGGCGGCGCUCCUCCCCAGCGGCGCUCCUCCCCGGCGUGCAUCAGAGCCCGGCGGCGCUCCUCCUCGGCGUGGAUCCGAGCCCGGCGGCGCUCCUCCCCGGCGGUUCGUCCUCAGUUGUGAAGCAUCCCCCGGUGGCUCGUCCUCUGGUGCCGCGUCUCCCCCGGCGGCGCUCUCCUCGGCGUGGAUCCGAGCCCGGCGGCCCUCCCUCGGCAACCCUCCCCGGCGUGGAUCCAGGCCCGCGCGUCCCCGGGCAACCCUCCCCUGCGCCCCUUCCCCGGCAGUCUUCCCCACUCCCGGCGCCCCUGCUGCUCAUCCUCGUCUCUGGACAGUGAAGUAUGGCUGAGAAGACAAUUUGGGGUGAUGACCUUGUGAAGCACUUGAUUGAUGUUUGUAAGGAAGAAAUUUUAGCUGGGAAUAGGCCUCAAGGUAUUUUCACUAGAAUUGGUUGGAAGAAUGUGGAGGAUAAAUUUUUUGCAAGAACGAAAAAGAAAUGCACGAAGACACAAUUGAAGAAUAAAUUAGACAAUCUGAAGAAAGAUUUUACACAAUUUAUGGAAUUGAAGAUUGUUGCCACUGGACUUGGGUGGAACGAGGCAAAUCAAACUGUUGAUUGCUCUAACACAUGGUGGGAUGAACACCUUGAGAAAUGCAAUAAUCCUGAGAGGGGUACGAAGUGCAACCAUGUGAGGUUUCGGAAACAUGGACCAAAACACCUUGAUGAUUUGCACUUCUUGUUUGACAAGGUGCAUGUCACGGGUGCUACUGCAAUGUGUCCAGGAGAUGUUUCCUCAUGUGAUUCCUCUAGUGAUGAUGUGUUAGAGGUCACAGAGAAAACCAAUGAAGCUUGGAACAAACCGAAACCGAAGAAGCGCAAACAAAUGUCCGGAGCAGCUCAAGAGAAGGAAGAGAAGAGUCCAUUUUAUCAGAUGUACAAGAACACUUGUAUGAAGAUUGAGAGUGCAGAUGAAAAAAUAAGCACAAGUGUUGAGGCAUCAUCAGCUCCUCUCCAAGCCAACCUAGUGCCAACUAUUGCAGAGGCUAUGAAGAUGGUGAAAGCAUGUGGGAUUCAAGAAAAAACUGCUAUGAUGCACACAGCCACUUCAUUGAUUAUGAAGGCUGAAUUUAGAGAGAUACUAUUUGCUCUUGAAACAAAUGAAGGAAGGUUUGAUUUAAUUGAAAGAGAGCACAAGAAGUCAACCACAUGAUCAUCUUUUUCCUUGUAUCCUUGUAAGAUGGUGAAAGCAUGUGAAAUUUUUCUAUGCUUGAGACUCAUUUCCCUUGUAUGGUUGUAUGUUUGAGACAAUUUUCCUAUGUAUGGUUGUAUGCUUGAGACAAGGAUCCUAUGUAUGGUUGAAUGCUUGAGACAAUUUUCCUAUGUAUGGUUGUAUGUUUGAGAC